AGUGAGUGUGUGUUAAACGCUACGAGAAAUUGAGUGUAUUUUUUGAAACAACAAACUCAUGUCUCGCCUAAAAUGAACUUGGCGUAAAUUGUACUAAUAAUUAAUAAUAAUUAACCAAGGUGCAUAUGUGUGCUCGUGGAUAAUGCCGACAAUAAAAUGCUCGUUCAGUGGCUGCGAGUCUAAUAUAAUCACUGAAAAUAAGUUAUCGUUUUUUCGAUACCCUAUUAACGAUAGGAAAAGGUGCGAACAAUGGGUGAAAAACAGCGAAAAUUACAAAAUCCGCGAAAUAUUUGGCAAAAACUUACGACAACUUCGCUACAGAACUGUCUGCGAGAAACACUUCUUCACGUAUGAGAUAAUCAAUUACAAGAACCGCAAACAACUCAUCAGCUCAUCCGUGCCUAAGAUUCUAAUGCCGGGUCAGACAUCGCUCGUACAUCCCGGUGCCAGUGGUAGUGUCACCAGUGCUAGUGUGGGGACAGUCGGCGCACAACUGCCUACCGCUACCACGAAAUCGAUCGGUAAACCUGAGGCCAAUCGCCACACACUCAGCCAAUCAGUGAUAAGCAACAUAUCGGCGCCAAACAGGCGCUUGUCAUCAGACAUAUCGUCGGGCGAUGAGGACAUGGAUGACGACGACAUGGACUCGCAUUCAUCUGAAGACAACUUUAUCGACAAGAGUCUGAAGAAUUUGGAGCAAAUCGAGAGAACCAUAAACUCAUUGCUUAGUAAACAGUCAUUAGAGGCUCACCUGUCCACCGAUGGACAGGUAGGCGGUGAUAACCUCAGUAUAUGUGGUGGUGAGAGACCGGACAUGCAGUCGUCCGACCAGUCAUUUGAUGGCAAUGAGUGUCAGGACGAAGAUCUGGUCGAAAAGCUACUGAAUUUCGAGCAAAUAUUGACCGAAAAUGAUGGCACCUUUGCCUCAAAUCUCAGCUCAAUUCAGACAUUAAUUAGUCAGUCCUUGUUUGGACACCAGUCAGGGUAUAACCCCCCGAACGCCAACGACAAGCAAAAGCGCAAAUGUCUGACGAUAUCCGAGAAAUUGGAAAUAAUUCAGGACUUCAACGACGGCAUGAAGCGGACCGACAUUAUGCGGAAGUACUGUCUGCCAUACCAAUCCUCCCUGAGCGCCAUACUCCGCAAUAAAGACAAAUACAUCGAAUACAUCACCAAAGGGUUCGGCAGAGAGGAUAAGCUGAAGCGCGUGAAGUCGCGGAGGGGUUGGGUGGUCCCCAAAGCCACACCACUGCCGCCCAAAGUGCCAAAAACGACCCGGAGGUCGGCGCACACGACCCGGGACUCCGACACGCUAUCGAAAGCACAUUUCAGUGGCGGUGGCGGAGCCUAUCGACUGACGCACAAAAUGGGUUUUGCCGGCGACCCAAAGUGCCAAAAACGACCCGGAGCACAUUUCAGUGGCGGUGGCGGAGCCUAUCGACUGACGCACAAAAUGGGUUUUGCCGGCGGCGGCGCCGGUACCUCAACUCACGGCUACAAACCUGCGCUAAAAAGGGGGUCUAACGCGAGGGCAGAGCGCAAGAGUGUGAACCCCGUGGGCCGACCCAAGGGCUCGACAAAAGCGGCCCUAAAUUUGGCCAAAAAUCGCGUGAAUUCUGUUGACAGAGUUGUGGCGAAAAAUGUGAUGAAAAAUAUUGCGACAAAUGUUGUGAAUAAUAACCAAAACCUCGACACAAAAGCCGAAGAAUUUGUUGCCAAAUAUGUGGAUUUAAUUGUGGAUAAGGGACCGGCAGGUGUUGGCUCCAGUUGUGUACCACCACCUGAUUGUGAUGCCAAAUGCGAGCCGUUGUUGGACAGGCUGUCUAGUGUAGCGCAUAAUGUGUUAAAUAUACUGGACAUAAUGGUGAAGCAUCAGAUGAAACAGUCGUUAGACAAACAACGGCGCCGACCCAUAACGCUGGACGAGAAGGUGCAGAUCAUACGGGACGUGGAGGGAGGUAUGAAACGGUCGGCGGUGCUCCAGAAGUACUCACUGCCCCACAAGUCAAACCUGACGGGUAUACUCAAGAAUCGCGACAAAUACCUGUCCAACGCGUUGAAUGGGAAGUCCGGUAAACUGAAGCGAGUGCGGGGUUUCGGUGGGCCUAAGCUUAUGGUGAACCACAACCAGAAUCUGGCGGUGGAUAGUCAGCCCCUAGUGUCGGCACCGGCGCUCAUACCGCCGUUUGAAGCGCUGGUAGGCGGCGCCGGUCGUGAUUUGGCGCCCUUCGAGACAAACAUGAAUUUAUUGAAUAAUAACGCCUUUAAUAAACUGUUUAAUGACUCGACUUUCAAUGAGAGGCUACUAUUUGGCAGCGGAAGUGGUGGUAGCGGUGAUGAGGAGUUCCAGUGCCCAUCAGAAAUCCUGGACCUGACGCUAACCGUGGGUUCAGACAAACAGAAGCGACGGUCCAUUUCCAUCGAAGACAAGAUUGAGAUCAUCAAAGACAUCGACGCCGGUAUGAAACGGCUGGAUGUGCUCCAGAAGUACUCGUUGGCCGACUACUCGAACCUCAAUACUAUCCUCAAGAAUCGCGACAAAUACCUGUCCAACGACUCGAACAUUAAGAGGAAACGUAUGCGCGAAGGAAAGUAUGGCGACGUGGAGGAGGAGCUGACGAGGCGUGUGGACCAGUGCCUGAUG